AUGAGCUCAAGCGACGGCUCGCGACAUCUGAAUCGUUUGUCACAGGCCAAAAGCCCGUAUUUGCUGCAGCACGCUGAGAAUCCGGUUGAGUGGUAUGAGUGGGGAAUGGAGGCGUUCGAGAAAGCAAAGCAGGAGGAAAAGCCGAUAUUCUUAUCAGUUGGAUACUCUGCUUGCCAUUGGUGCCAUGUUCUCGCACACGAAAGUUUUGAGGACGAGGUCACAGCCAAACUCAUGAACGAUCACUACGUCAAUAUUAAAGUCGAUAGAGAAGAAAGGCCUGACGUUGAUAGGCUGUACAUGACAUUUUUGCAAGCUACGACAGGGGGCGGCGGAUGGCCUAUGUCCGUCUGGUUGACUCCGGAGUUGCAUCCCUUUUUCGCCGGAACUUACUUUCCGCCAGGCCAAUUCAGGCAGGUCCUGAUGAAGCUUGCGGACGUCUGGGAGAGCGAGCCCGAGCGUUGCAGGGCAGCUGGGAAGGACAUUAUCGAGCAACUGCGUAUUGCGUCAAAUGUCGCUACAAGCUCGGCUAUCAUCCCUGUUCCCUCACUUGCCUCAUCUGUCUUCUCCCGUCUGCAGAGGUUGUUCGACGUGCAAUACGGCGGCUUCGGUGCUGCGCCGAAGUUUCCACAGACUUCGUCAACUAUUCAUUUUCUCGCGCGGUACGCCGCGUUCAAUAUGGGGGUGGACAAGGAGAAGAUGACGGAGGCAGAGGCCGCACGGGAUAUGGCUGUGCAGACAAUGGUGAAGAUCUACAAUGGCGGGAUCAGGGACGUCGUCGGCGGUGGAUUCGCGAGAUACUCUGUUGAUGAGCGAUGGCAUAUUCCACAUUUCGAGAAGAUGCUGUAUGAUCAAGCACAGCUCCUCUCCUGUGCUCUCGAACUGUUCCAGCUCCUCCCCGCAGAAUCUCCUCAGCGGGCCACGCUGCGAGCCAUGGCCGCAGACAUCGUCUCAUACGUCGCGCGCGACCUCCGGAGUCCUGAGGGCGGGUUCUACAGCGCCGAAGACGCGGACUCGCUCCCGUCCGCCGAUAGCACCGUGAAGAAGGAGGGCGCGUUCUACGUAUGGACCGUGCAGCAGCUGGAGGAGCUGCUCGGUGAGUCCACGAAUUUGUUUGGGUACCAUUUUGGCGUGGAGGCCCAGGGAAAUUGUGACCCGCAGCACGAUAUACAAGGGGAGCUCCGUGGUCAGAAUGUCCUGUAUACGGCGCAUACACUGGAAGAGACGGCGGAGAAGUUUUCCCGUCCUGUAGAUGAAGUGCGACAGGUACUUGAUGCUAGUCUGGCCAAGAUGAAACGACACAGGGAUCAACACCGUCCUCGCCCCCAUCUUGACGACAAAAUUCUGACAUGCUGGAAUGGCUUAAUGAUCUCUGGCCUCUCGAGGGCAGCGGAGGCGCUUAACGAGGAUCUGGGCCUGUGCUCUCACGCGCUUGAGCUCGCUGAGGAGUCGGCAGCGUUUAUUCGAUCCAAGCUCUAUAACGAAGCUAGCGGGGAGCUUUGGCGUAGUUAUCGACAGGGGCAGGGGCCCACCGGACAGGCGGAUGACUACGCUUUUUUGGUGCAGGGAUUGCUAGACCUGUAUGAAGCAAGCGCGAAGGAGGAGUAUAUGUUGUGGGCAAUUCGGCUGCAGGAGAAGCAAGACGAUCUCUUCUACGAUGAGAAAGAGGGGGGAUACUUUGCUUCUGCUCCGGAUGAACACAUACUGGUGCGGAUGAAGGAUGCUCAGGAUGGAGCCGAACCGAGCGCGGCGUCGAUAACGUUGUCGAAUCUCCAUCGGCUCGCACACUUCGCGGAGGACAGACACGCCGAAUAUCAGGAGAAGGCGCAGAGCAUCCUGACGUCCAAUGGACAGAUACUUGCUGCGGCGCCCUUCGCGCUCGCUGCUAUGGUCAGCACGGCGCUCAUGGCCGAGAGGGGGUACAAACAGCUCAUUUUGAGCGAACCUCGUCGAGAAGGACAAUUUCCGUCCCUGUUCCUCCAGACCAUUCGAGGGCUAUUCAUUCCUAACCGCGUGCUCAUACAUCUUGACACGACGAAGCCGCCACGGGAACUCUGCCGAGUCAACGCAACACUGCGAAGCUUGAUAUCGGAUCUCGACAACCUCGAGGGAGACGCUGCCGCCAUGGUGCCGGCCAACGUCCGCGUUUGCGAAAUUUUCACGUGCGGGCUGCCCAUCGAAGAUGUGGAGGAGUUGAAGGGAAUUUUACGGUGA